CCGCGGUGGAAUGUGGCCUUUGGCUACUGUUACUGCCCCAGUCACUUAAGUGGCAGUUCCCUCCCAGAAUCCCACCCGUGCCAUGAGGAACCGCUGCUGCUGGCCGAACUCAAGCCCGGGCGCCCCCACCAGUUCGAUUGGAAGUCGAGCUGUGAAACCUGGAGUGUCGCCUUCUCCCCAGAUGGCUCCUGGUUUGCUUGGUCGCAAGGACACUGCAUUGUCAAGCUGAUCCCCUGGCCGCUGGAGGAGCAGUUCAUCCCUAAAGGGUUUGAAGCCAAAAGCCGAAGCAGCAAAAAUGAUACAAAAGGGCGAGGCAGCCCGAAGGAGAAGACUCUGGACUGUGGGCAGAUUGUGUGGGGUUUGGCCUUCAGCCCGUGGCCUUCCCCACCCAGCAGGAAGCUCUGGGCCCGCCACCAUCCCCCAGGGCCAGACGCCUCCUGCCUGAUCCUCGCUACGGGGCUCAAUGAUGGGCAGAUCAAGAUCUGGGAGGUGCAGACAGGGCUCCUGCUUUUGAAUCUUUCCGGCCACCAGGAUGUUGUGAGAGACCUGAGCUUCACACCCAGCGGCAGUUUGAUUUUGGUCUCUGCGUCUCGGGACAAGACUCUGCGCAUCUGGGACCUGAAUAAGCACGGUAAACAGAUUCAGGUGUUGUCGGGCCAUCUGCAGUGGGUUUACUGCUGCUCCAUCUCCCCGGACUGCAGCAUGCUCUGCUCUGCAGCUGGAGAAAAGUCGGUCUUCCUAUGGAGCAUGCGGUCCUACACAUUAAUCCGGAAGCUAGAGGGCCACCAGAGCAGUGUUGUCUCUUGUGACUUCUCCCCUGACUCUGCCUUGCUUGUCACGGCUUCUUACGACACCAACGUGAUCAUGUGGGACCCUUACACUGGCGAGAGGCUGAGGUCACUCCACCACGCCCAGCUCGAACCCCCCAUGGAUGACAGCGAUGUCCACAUUAGCUCCCUGAGAUCUGUGUGCUUCUCUCCAGAAGGCUUGUACCUCGCCACUGUGGCGGAUGACAGACUCCUCAGGAUCUGGGCCCUGGAACUGAAAACUCCAAUUGCAUUUGCUCCCAUGACCAACGGUCUUUGCUGCACGUUUUUCCCACACGGUGGAGUUAUUGCCACAGGGACAAGGGAUGGUCACGUCCAGUUCUGGACAGCUCCCCGGGUCCUGUCAUCACUGAAGCACUUAUGCCGGAAAGCCCUGCGAAGUUUCCUCACCACCUACCAAGUGCUGGCACUGCCAAUCCCCAAGAAAAUGAAAGAGUUCCUCACGUACAGGACUUUGUAAGCAGCGCUACACGAUCGCGUGUGUUUUCUCUGUAGCAGACACAGCUCCUGGCGAAGGAGUAGCUGGGAUCAUGGGCCAAACAUCUGGUCUUGGAUGGACAUAGUUUCUCUUUGGAAUUGCUAACAGAAUGUAGCAAAACCAGAUUCCAGUGGACUCGUCAUGGAUCUUCUCCCCUCGACACAUCAGUCAUAGAGGAGGGGACUCGACCUCCGUGGCCACAGCGCCUUAUCUUCAAUCUUCAGUCCACUCAGAAACAGUUUUGAAUUCUAGUAGUUUUGAUUCAAAGUGCAGAUAAUGAGGUUUUGGUAAGGAGUUAUAGGCCUCGCGAGCCUCUGUAGCGGCCGAGGGGUUUCAGCUCCCUCUGCUGGGAAGUGUGGCUCCUGCCUAGUCCUGGCCGUUUCAGAUGCGGCAGCAGCGGCCUUGUUUCAGCUCCUCUCCUGUUGUCGGAGUUGGUGUUGGCAAGUCUCUCCUUCCUUUAGCUUCUCUCUGAGCAGCGGGACAGUUUCCACGGAGCAGGCUCUGGUAUUAGCUAAAUUACAGGUGACUCAGGCUGUGCUCCUGACUAAUACACUAUAAUUGGCUUUUUCUUUUUUUAAACAAUGGUGUGCAUGUGCAGAUGACAAACUUAUAUGCCAGGUUACACAAGGAUUUACUCCUAAACUGCAUGACUGUUCAGAUGGCUGAGUUGUUGGUUGUUUGCCUCUCAUUAGCAUAUUUAUUUGUAUUUUCUCAACAGAUGUUAAGGUACAGCUGUGUUUUUCUUGAUAUCUAAAAACCAUAGAACUUAAGUUGAACAGUUGUGAAGAUGUCUCCUUGUGUAAAGCAUUGUUGUCAUCACCUCAGCUGAUACUCUCAUGUACGAGGUCUGACUGCUGCUCCUCAUUGGACGUGUGAGCCAGUUUCAGCUCUACCCCUACACAAAUAUAGCUCCUUAAAAGUACUCUCCUCCAGUGAUGUGGUUAUCUAAUCAUUCAAACAUAACCUGCCUUUGGGAAAUUUAAUAUAUUUUAAAUAAUUUUAAAAGAAAUGCAACAUCUUAUCCUUUGGCUUUCUUACUAGGUGCUUUAUGGAGGCAGUGUAAUAUAAAACGUGUUGAAAAAGGAGAGAAAUCUCUCCUCUACUGCCUUUGUCCUGAAGAAAACAUUUCUUUUCAAGAUGAGAGACUCAUGGAAGGAAAAAGUUAAAAGCUUUUGGCCCUUGGUUUCAUUCCUUCCAUUAGGGAAAAAAAACACCUGUAAAACCAGUGAGUACAGCCGGGCAGCUGGGGAUGGAGUGGGCAGGUGUUUAAUUGUGAGGUUAUCCUGCGAAGUCGUCAACAGUGCAGUCUGGGAGCUCAGGCUCCUCGAGGCCCCCUUAGCCAUUAGCUUCCAAUGCUGCUGGCAUCCUUGGGGAGCGAGCCCCACGGUGAGUGAUGGAAACACCGACCUCUCCCUUGUGAAGAACAGCCUCCAGAGUUGCUUCUGUGAUACGAGAGGUGAGUUUCAUAGAGUCAGGUUGAAUAAAUCAGUGUCUUUAUAACUAAGGAAGAGCCACUUGCAACACAACCAAGAAAGCUGUUUUAUUUCCAUUCGGAACAGCGGUAUCAAUGCAGCAUGGACUACUGCAAUGAGCUGCCACAUCUACACCCCAGUCCAUCCUUCCCAGUGGCAGGUGUAGAGUCAGGCUCAAUCUCGUGCCCCCUCCCCUCAUCCCACCCCCUGCAGGAAGUACGUGUUGUACAACUUCUGGCCCCUAACGACAUAAAAAUGAAAGUUUUCUCUACCGUCCACCCAUAGUUAGGAGCCUGCUAGUAAGUCCUCUACUUGAAGAGGAGAAAUAAAAAGACCAGUUUUGAAAGGAA